AUAAAACUCUCGACAUCGUCAAUAUUCCCGUCAUGCGCUCAAGUUUGACAGCGAUGCCUUGAACUCGUAUCGCCUCACUGUCUUUUCCGUGCCUUACCCUACCAGCUCAUACUAUACAGAGUGCCCCUGCUUCCUCCUGUCGCAUUACCAAUACGGAGAUACAUGCUCUACAUACGAGUAUAUCCCGUACAAAAGGGUGCCAUGCUUCUACCUGGAUCUCGACAGCUUCAACAAAACACCACCUCCGCCUGCAAUUGACGACUCUUCUAAUAUCGACCAGAGUCAUUCUAAUCUCGGUUGAUACAGGAGUGUAUGGCUCAUCCAAGAUCCUUCUCCAAGACAUCAAUGGCCGCCAACCACAACCACAACUAUCGGCACCGGCGAGGGUCGACGCGAACCAUGCCAUACAGCAUUGCCAUGGUUAGCGACUUCUUCUUCCCUGCACCGGGUGGAGUCGAAAGUCACAUCUACCAACUUUCUACCAAGCUCAUCGACCGUGGUCACAAAGUGAUUGUCAUCACCCAUGCAUAUGAUGGAAGAACAGGAGUACGAUACCUUACGAAUGGCCUCAAAGUCUACCAUGUCCCUUUUUUCGUCAUUUACCGCGCUUCGACCUUCCCCACUGUCUUCUCCUUCUUUCCUAUCUUUCGAAAUAUCAUAUUAAGGGAGGAAAUCGAAAUUGUCCAUGGGCAUGCAAGUCUGAGCAGUUUUUGCCAUGAAGCAAUAUUGCAUGCCAGAACCAUGGGAAAGCGGACCGUCUUCACCGACCAUUCAUUAUUUGGAUUUGCAGAUGCUGGUAGCAUCCUCACCAAUAAGUUGUUGAAAUUUACUUUGAGCGAUGUAGAUCAUGUCAUCUGCGUUAGUCACACAUGGUAAGUCUGUUGUAGACCCAAGUCUGCCUCAAUGGCGCAUUCUAACGAGGCAAAGCAAGGAAAAUACUGUUCUUCGUGCCUCCCUAGACCCUCUCAUGGUCUCUGUUAUACCCAAUGCCGUUGUCGCCGAGAACUUUCGACCCCUCCACCAUCCCUCCUAUGGAACCGAAUUUGGAAAUCACCCGCUCCCACAACUCAUAGGUCCACACGAUACAAUUACCAUUGUGGUCAUAUCACGACUAUUUUACAAUAAGGGCACUGAUCUACUGGUGGCAGCGAUUCCAAGAAUUUUAGCAAGUCAUCCGAACGUUCGCUUCAUUAUCGCUGGUUCUGGUCCCAAGGCAAUUGAUUUGGAACAAAUGUUGGAAAGAAAUGUCCUGCAAGACAGAGUCGAAAUGCUGGGUCCUGUUCGACACGAGGAGGUGCGAGAUGUUAUGGUACGAGGUCACAUAUACCUCCAUCCUAGCUUGACUGAAGCAUUCGGCACUGUUAUUGUUGAAGCAGCAAGUUGCGGUUUGUAUGUGGUCUGUACCCAGGUGGGUGGUAUCCCAGAAGUUCUACCAGCUCAUAUGACCGUCUUUGCCAAGCCAGAAGAGGACGACUUGGUCGCUGCGACAGGGAGAGCUAUUGCUGCAUUAAGAGCCAAUAAGGUCCGAACAGAGAAAUUUCAUGAUCAAGUUAAAAUGAUGUACUCCUGGACGGACGUUGCUAAAAGAACUGAAAGAGUUUAUGAUGGGAUUUCGGGCAGUUUGAGCGAAGCAGAUUUUUAUGGAUAUGAGGCAGCCGAUGCAGCUAGCUGGAGUGCGACCAGAGGCAGGGCUGGGGUUCACAGUUUCGCCCUUAUUGAUCGGCUGAAAAGAUAUUAUGGCUGCGGUAUCUGGGCCGGCAAACUUUUUUGCCUUUGUGUGGUGAUCGACUAUCUUAUCUUCAUGUUCCUGGAAUUCUGGGCACCGCGAGAUGCGAUUGACAUUGCAAGGAACUGGCCCAAAAAGCCCCGGGAAAACUUGAUGGCAGGUGACGAUUCAUCAUAUAAAUAAUGACGAGUUUGUCCAGCCUCAAAUCACUUACAGUACCUCAGUUGCAAGGAAAUAAGCUGCGUGGGUAAUACAACACCCUCUAAUGCAGGCGAUGCGCUCGAGUACUGGGAUCUGUGCAGAAGGAGAAUUAUCUUUUCCUAUGCUGUUCCCAACGCCAGUUUGGGGACACCCUCAUGAGGCUCGCCAAGCCCUCUCUAAACUGCCGAAUGAUGAAUCCAAUAUAGAGAAUCGCCGAGAGACGUGAAUGCACCUAGAGUCAUCUCUGGGUCGUCCGGCUAUAAAGAUUUGUUUUGGAUAUCUCAGUUAUAAUUAACGUGCGUCGCUACCCCACACUCUGCUAUUAUCCAGGAUGGUUUCCAUUUUACCGCGACCACUUGAAUUUUAUUUGGUCACGCAGUUGGUCUUGAUUGAUUCAGAUCUUGUAGAUUAUAGCUGCUAUCAAUUCUUGACUUUCUUGGCUUUCGGCAAUCCUCGAUGCGGAUUUGGCUGAGGCUACGGUAAGUCGACCGAUAGUACUUCUCGCCAAACUAUCCAGUCAAACUUGGUCAUUUGAUCAUUUGUUGAAAUCCAAUAGUCACAAUGUUUCAUGAACUCCUUUUUGUAUACCACGUCUUAAUUGCCGGUUGGUGCCAAUGAGCAUUCCAUAGUCAGGUCGUCCUGUAGACAAUGUAGAGCAAAGCACUAGUGCGAGCCUCAAUAAAAGCAAACCAGCUCUAU